CAGACUUCUUCUUCUUCAAGCUCUCUCAGCUUUUACACCUUUCCCAAUAUUACUCGCACUCCCGACUUCUCAAUGUCGUCAUCUUCCUCCGCACUCCCGACCUCCUCCAACCCACAACCGCAACCCCAACCCCACUCCGCCGCCGCCGCCGCAUCAUCCACCGUCGCGUCCCUCCGCGCCUUCCUCUCCCGCCUCUCCUCCUCCACCCGCCGCGCCCUCUCCGACCGCCGCCCCUGGCCCGAGCUGCUCGAUCGCUCCGCCUUCUCUCGCCCCCAGUCCCUCUCCGACGCCACCUCCCGCAUCCGCCGCAACGCCUCCUACUUCCGCGUCAACUACCUCGUCCUCCUCGCCCUCGUCCUCGCCCUCUCCCUCGUCUCCCACCCUUUCUCCCUCCUCACCCUCCUCUCCCUCCUCGCCGCCUGGCUCUUCCUCUACGCCUUCCGCCCCUCGGAUCACCCCCUCGUCCUCCUUGGCCGCACCUUCUCCGACCGCGAGACCCUCGCCCUCCUCUCCCUCCUCACCGUCGUCGUCGUCUUCCUCACCAGCGUCGGGUCUCUGCUCAUCUCGGCGUCGAUGGUGGGCCUGGCCAUCGUGGCAGGGCAUGGCGCGUUCAGGGAUCCCGAGGAUCUCUUCAUGGACGAGCAGGAAUCCGCGGGAUCCGGCCUCUUCUCCUACAUCAGCGGUGCUGCCUCCGCCGCCUCGGCAGCUCCUUCGUUGGCCUCGCGUGUCUGAGCUUGGAACUACUCUUAUGUUGGAAUGCAGCCCGCAUUGAUCUCCGAUUUCUUCCAACUACAUGUGAAGGAGGCAGGAGAAGAAAAUUUUUAAAGCAUUAAAAGUAGCUCUGGGAUAACAUAGCGCAUUCUUCCUGUCGAAAUCUAUUUGGGAAGUCAAGCUUCCAUUGAAGGUUUCUUUUUUUGCUUGGGAAGCUGUUUGGGGAUGUAUUUUUACUUUGGAUAAUCUUCUGAAGAGAGGAAAAAUACUCAGCUAAUAGGUGUUUUCUGUGCAAGAUUGAAGAGGAGAGUGUGAAUCACUUACUUUUACACUGUAGCUGGACGGGAAGGAUUUGGACUACAGUGUUUGCAAAUUUAGAAGUAUAUUGGGUGGCAUCAGGCACAAACUUUGGGCUUGGAGUGGGACUACUAGUUCAUGGUUUGGAAAGAAAUAGAUUUACUAAGAUGAUUCCCCUCCUUGUUUUUUAGCUCAUUUGGAGAGAGAGGAACAAGAGGGCAUUGGAAGAAGUUGAAUCCUCUUGGGAUUGUUUAGAUAAUUGGUCAUGUACUCUCCAUUUUCACUAAAGUAGGGAAUUCAACUUCAUACAUCUAGUUUGCUGGAGAUGUUAGAAGCAGUCUUUUGUGCAUAACUUUGUAUGUGGUUAGGUUUUACCUGAAGCUGUGGUACCCCUUGGUUUCUUCUUAAUGAAAUGUAAUUCAUUAAUAUACAAAAAAGUAGCAGUGCGCUAAACAUGCCAAGCAAGGGUUGAUAGAGAGAAAGUGAGAUAAAGAUUGUACUCUUAACUCUUAAACUUUUUGAUGAUGUAAUAAUGGUUACUGAUAGCUGAGAAAUUUGUGGCUCCCUUUAAUAUUUGUGACAACUCUUUCCAUUCUUGAUUUCCAUGAGUCCAUGAAUUGGAAGUUACCCCUCAUUUAGCCGCUAUUAGUUGGAGAUACAUGGUUGAUCUGAAUAUCCUUUAAAGUAUUAGUGAUGAGAUGGACUUAUUGCAUCAGAAAAUCCAAUCGAUGGUUAAAUCAGAUCAAUACCGCUUUUAAUA